UCCGCAACACGGAGCAGAGCAUCUCCCUGCGCACUUGGUGAAGCCAGCCGAGGCGGGGGCUGGUGCUCCUUCCCCAGCAUCUAAGGGCCGCUGAGAGUCCAGCGGGUCCAGGGAGAUGGAGGGGGGACUAGGGGUUCAUCACUGCACCCACCCGGGGCUCGGCGGACAGAGCCGCACACCGGCUCGAACGCGGGACCCACGCCGGGACCUGUGACACACCCGGGGCUCCGUACCCACUCCUGGUCUCCACCUAAGGCUCCGUGGCCGUGGAGGGAAGCGGGCGUCCAGAGGGAAAAGGGGACGGCAAACCGGGGCUGGGGCCGAGGGAGCGCCAGAUUGGGGCAUGGGGAAUGGAGUGCGAGGACCCGACGGAGGCCCGGGGCCGGGAGAGCCCGGGAUCGGAGGAUGGGGGGCCCAGGAGGGCCGGGCGUCUGAGAGCUGAGGGCAGAGGCCGGGAUGCAGCGCCGAAGCUUCCUCCUCCUCGCCCUCCUCGCCCUCCUGGCGCUCACCUCCGCGGUGGCCAAAAAGAAAGACAAAGUGAAGAAGGGAGGCCCGGGGAGCGAGUGCGCCGAGUGGACCUGGGGGCCCUGCACCCCCAGCAGCAAGGACUGCGGCGUGGGAUUCCGCGAGGGCACCUGCGGGGCCCAGACGCAGCGCAUCCGGUGCCGGGUGCCCUGUAACUGGAAGAAGGAAUUUGGAGCCGACUGCAAGUACAAGUUUGAGACCUGGGGGGCGUGUGAUGGCACAGGCACCAAAGCCCGCCAGGGGACCCUGAAGAAGGCGCGGUACAAUGCCCAGUGCCAGGAGACCAUCCGGGUGACCAAGCCCUGCAGCCCCAAGACCAAAGCCAAGGCCAAAGCCUCCUUCCUGAGUCCCAGCAGCCCUGGAGGCCAACCAGGCAGAGGGGCAUAUGCCCACUUCUCAGCCAAGAAAGGGAAAGAAAAGGACUAGCGGCCAGGCCCCGAUGCCAAGGAGCCCCGGCUUCACCCAGAGGCCCGGCCCACGCCCUUCCUCCACAGGCUCAAGAUGUUACCCACCAGUGCCUUCUGCCUCCUCGUUAGCUUUAUCAAUCAUGCCCUGCUUCUUCCCUUUCACUUGCCCACAUCACCCCAAGUGCCCGAAGUGGGGAGGGACAAGGGAUUCUGGGCAGCUUGAGUCCCCCCCACAAAGGGAUUUGAUUCCCCUGUACCCACUUUUCUUUUUCCCCCAACUGGAUGCCAUUACUAAGAAAUAAAUAAAAUAAAUAUCUUUUUGUUCCCAA